AUGGAUUUGAUGGAGAAGAACGUCGAGCUAGUCGAGGUUCAGAAACUUGAAGGCCACACCGAUCGGGUUUGGAGCGUAGCUUGGAACCCAGUCUCCUCUCACGCCGAUGGUACUUUACCGGUUCUUGCUUCGUGCAGUGGCGAUAGCACCGUACGAAUCUGGGAACAGAGCUUGCUCUCUCGCUCCUGGUCCUGCAAGGCAGUUUUGGAAGAAACACACACUAGAACUGUGAGGUCGUGUGCCUGGUCACCUUCAGGAGAUUUAUUAGCCACUGCAAGUUUUGACGGUAGCACUGGUAUUUGGAAGAAUUCCGGGUCUGAGUUCGAGUGUGUUUCGACCUUGGAGGGACAUGAAAACGAAGUCAAAAGUGUAUCAUGGAAUGCAUCUGGUACAAUGCUUGCAACCUGUAGUAGAGACAAGUCUGUCUGGAUUUGGGACGUGCUUCCAGAGAAUGAAUUUGACUGUGCUUCUGUGUUAAGUGGGCAUACACAAGAUGUAAAGAUGGUUCAGUGGCAUCCCACCAUGGAUGUUUUAUUUUCUUGCGGUUAUGAUAACACCAUCAAGGUUUGGUGGUCUGAAGAUGAUGAUGGUGAUUAUCAAUGUGUACAAACCUUAGGUGAAUCUAACAACGGUCAUUCCUCUACUGUUUGGGGCAUUUCGUUUAACGCUGCAGGGGACAAGAUGGUCACUUGUAGUGAUGAUCUAACCUUGAAGAUAUGGGGGGCAGAUAUUGUCGGGAUGCUGUCUGGUGAAGGAUAUGCACCUUGGACUCAUCUUUGUACACUCUCUGGUUAUCAUAACCGUACCAUAUACUCAGCUCACUGGUCAAGGGAUGACAUUAUUGCCAGUGGAGCAGGCGAUGAUGGUAUACGGUUGUUUGUGGACAGCAAACAUGACUCUGUUGAUGAACCUUCAUAUAGUCUUUUGCUGAAGAAGGAAAAAGCACAUGAAAUGGAUGUAAACUCUGUCCAAUGGUCACCUGGUGAGGAGAACCGGUUUCUUGCAUCGGCCAGUGAUGAUGGGAUGGUCAAGAUUUGGCGGCUUGCAGCUAAACCGUGA